CCCCCUCCUCCCCACCCCAUUUCCCACCUUCACCUCACCAGAGGCCAGGCCAGCCGGGCGGCGUAGCUACCUGCCUCUGCUUCUCCCUCUCCCCGCACAGAGGCUCCUAGCUGCCGUGCCGCCGCGUGACAGCUCCUUCUCUCUAGUCUCUACCUAGCUACCUCUCGUGUCAUGGCGCAGCGCGACAAGAAGGUGGAGGAGCCGACGGAGCUGCGGGCGCCGGAGCUCACGCUGUGCGCCAACAGCUGCGGCUUCCCGGGGAACCCGGCCACCAACAACCUCUGCCAGGCCUGCUUCCAGGCCGCCACGGCUUCCUCCGCCUCAGCCUCCGUCUCGCCGCCGUCGCCUUCCUCCUCGUUGUCUCCGUCCCCGGCGGUGUUCAAGUUCGACGAGCAGCAGCACGCGAGGCCGUCUGCGACGGCGGUGUUCGCCGACCGGCCUGCGGAGCAACCGCCGGCGCCGGCGUCCGCCAGGCCGAUCCGGACGACGUCGACUUCGUCGUCGUCGUCCGUCAACCGGUGCCAGAGCUGCCGGAAGCGCGUCGGGCUGACGGGGUUCCGGUGCCGCUGCGGGGAGCUCUUCUGCGGCGCGCACCGCUACUCGGACCGCCACGACUGCUGCUUCGACUACAAGGCCGUCGGCAGGGACGCCAUCGCCAGGGAGAACCCCGUCGUGCGCGCCGCCAAGAUCGUCAGGUUCUGAUCUGUGGUCCCGUCUCGGAGCGACAACCAGCGGCGGCGGCGUCUCGAUCGGAGCCGGACGGACGGGCGGAGGACACACGGUGGUGAUCUCGGCGGAGAUUCGGUGGAUCGGUCCAUCUCCCUCUAGAAUUCCUUCCCUCCUCUCUUCUAUUUUUUUUCCCUCUCUUUUCUUGCUUUGUUUUUCUUUUUUUUUCUAUUAUUGUUACAAGAUAAAAAAUUAGAAAGUGAUCGAUCCAUGGAGGGUGUUGGUUAUUAUUCAUUGUCACGCUGUUCUUGACAAUUAUACCAUCCAUGACCUUGAGGAGGAGGAGGAAGAAAAGCGUUGGCCAAAAAGAAAGAAAAGAAAAGAAAAGUCAUGGGAGGCAGAGAAGAAGGUGGGGAUGAAAAGAAGAGAGCGAUGAUAAUGUUAUUGUAGCGGUGGUGGUUGGGUGGAGGCGGGAAAGAAGCGAUAGGGUAACCCUUCGGUUUGGUGUGUUGUCCUGCUUCAAUCACAAAUCUCUAUAUACAUUUUUAUAUAUACCUUGUAUAAAAUUAUAAAGUUAUUUAUUUGAAUUAUAUAUGGUUGCCAAGUUGCCA